AUCCCCAAGUUUCCACUUUCCAUCAAUCAGUUAGACUGAGAAAGUAGUUCUAUCCUACCUUCCUUCUUCAACUUACAUUUCGUAACAACACAUCCGUGAUGGCGGAAAAUAUGAACGGCGUGUCCGCAGACGAAAAUAAGUGCAGCCGCAGGGAGGAGACGCUCUCCGGCGUUCUUCAUCGUUUGGUUUCGACGAUCAUCUUCCCCGAUGCAUCGUCAUCAGCAUCAACUCCGCUGCUGAAGCGGAUCAAAAUCUCCAUUUCCGAGAAUGGGCCUCGUCUCGGCGAAGCCUCUAGAAACACUGGCCGGACUGUUCUGAUGUGGACUCGUAGAGGCAGCCCUCUUCGUGCUCUUCUCGUCAUUUCUGUUGGGACUAUUACUCUUCUUACCUUAACAGGAUUGCUCGUAUUUAUGCUUUUCUUUCUGGCUGCAACUGUCAAUGCCAUCGUCAUCUCUCUUCUCAUCUCUUUGGCAGCUGCAGGAGGCUUCAUGGCUCUUUUCUUUGCCUGUGUAACAGCUAUUUAUAUUGGGGCCUUAUCAGUUGCUGCAUUUGUUAUUUCUACUGCAACAAUUUCUGCAAUUGUUGCUGUUAUUAUAGCUACGGGUUGGGUUGGAUUCAUUUGGGCUGUAUGGUUGGCAACUAAGAAAAGUGUGGCUCUUGCUAAGCACUCAUUGAGCAUGACUGGAUCGGCUCUCUCAGCUUACUCUCCUGCUCGGCAUACCCGUCACUACCAGGAAUCGGAUAAAUUUUCAGAUUGAAGUGCUUUUGUGAACAUAAGCCCCAGGCUUGCCUUCAAGAAACCUGCGUGCUUUGGAUAUUUAUACAAGUUUAUGCUUGCGCUCAUGUUUCUGACAGCUUCUGUGCAUGUGUGUGUUUUCAGAUGCUGUUGCUUGUAUAUAGAUCAGAAGCAUGACUGUAUUUGCCAAUUACCAGCGGUUCCAGAACCAUAGGUAAUGGUAUAGUAUUACUGUUUGUCUAGUUACAUAGUCUGCAUGCUGGCAUGGUGUUAGAUUUUCCAGUUUGUCUUAUCUUUCAUUCUACUUAGCCCGUCUUGGGUAACAAAAUUCCGGUGUAAAAAGGGUCCUGACUGUUUGGAGUUCAAUCAUUUCCGGAUGAAUGAUGUUGUAUGCUUAUUCCUCUAGAUGGGUUGAUGCUUAGCUUGUAAUGGAAACCAUGAUAGUUAUGGACCAAUUGUAUACUACACUUGAUGGAGUUUCAUGUGAUACACAGGUUUGUUUUCUAA